AUGUACAAGGUAUUGGAGCGCAUUAUCCUGGACCGACUCAUUAAACAUCGCGAAGAAACAACGCACGACGAGCAAGCUGGCUUUCGUCCUGGCCGAUCUACGAUUGACCAGGUGUUCAUCGUCAGGAGAGUGAUCGAAAUCAGGCAGCGCCCGUCUUCUCAACGCGCCGAUGAAGUACCAGGAAAGUUCGUUCGCUUGCUUGAUGACAUGAAUCAACGAACAACUGCUGCAGUUCGAAUACCAGCCGGAUGUACAACACCGUUUGAAGUGGUAACUGGAGUAAGACAAGGGGCAGUGGCAGGACCCUUCCUGUUCAAAUUCGCCAUCGACGACAUUAUGCGAAGAACAGUCGACCAGUGUCCUGCCCACAUUGUCUUAGCACCACCAGGGUGCCUCUUGACUGACCUCGAAUACGCCGACUAUGUUGUUAUAUUCGCGAAAAGCAGUACGAAACUUCAGCAUGUUGUCAACCUUGUAUCGAAGCUGGCUGCAGCCUAUGGACUACGUCUACGCCCUGAUAAAUGCAAGCAGAUGUGGAUCUCUUCGAGACCUCGAACGGGAAUCGGGGUGGACGGACAACCGAUAGAACUCGUCGAUGAGCUCUGUUACUUGGGCUGUACGUUGAAGAACAACGGUAGCAACGAGAGAGAUGUUCAGCAAAGAUGCGCUAAGGCCACUUCUGCAUUUAACUCCUUAACGAAAUGUCUGUGGUCGACCCCCAUCACCAACGAAGUCAAGCUGCGAGUCUACCUAUCCGCAAUUCGCCCUAUCAUGAUGUACGGAUCGGAGACUUGGGCAGCACCAUCAACGGUUAUGGAGAGGCUUGACUACACGGAACGAAAGCUGCUUAGACGGCUACUUGGCUACUUUUGGCCUAGGGUAUGUCACAAUGAAGAUCUUAACGCAGAAAUUGAUGUGGUAUACCGGCGGAUGACACGUGGAAGAUAUCAACAUCUUGCACCGCCCUCGAAGCGGCUAACUGAGACGUUCAAGCAUUCUCAUACGAUGCCUCUUAAAAGCAAUCAGUGUCUCACCCCGUGUCCGCUCCAAGGAGGAGCGGCAGGUAUUGGUGGAUGGGACCAAAACCCGCUGGAUCCGAAGGAGUUCGUGCUGGGCUAG